AUGGCUGUUGUUGACGCCAGCACAACCCCGCGCGAUUCGCAGCAGACCAUUGGCGCCGGUGAGCUCGGAAUAGGUCUUAAUAACAUUCUUCCGGACACAGACGACGAUGGAGAUGGGUUGUGUCUUAUCUCAAGCGAGACAAGAGCAGUGAGAGUUAAAUGUGAUAUCAACAUUGUGGAGCGGCACAUAUCCCGUCCGGCGCGGAUAAAGGAGACGUGCACUGGAGUCUUCACCCUCAGGCUCACCCCAUCCUUUGAUCCUGGGCACGUGAGCAUCAAGGACCUGGAGACAUUUAAAGCCUGCCUUCGACGGCUAGCUUGCAAUUGCCUUAAUAUCCGUGAGGAGCAAAUUGCCAUUAUCCGCAUUGGGCGGAGAAAGUGCAUGACAAACCUGGGGCAUCUGCGGACAAACCUGUCCACUUACUUUCGAAAGGUUGGUCGGGGUCAGAGUGUUCAGUUCUAUAAGGGUCUAAGCCUGGAUGUGACCAUUGGCCAAGAUGAUCUAGUGCACCAGGAGAUCGGAAUGCCUUCUUCUUACCUCUCCCAUGCUGUCUCCUCCCACAUCAGUGGUUCGCAGAACAUUUUGACACAGCACAGUGCACCACACAUCAAUUCGUAUUUGCAGCUGUCCGGUCUAUCUGCUAGAGUUCACGUUCCAGACGUUCAAUUGAGCUCUGGGGGUGUUAACGACGAGUCUCUUCCCGUAGCCUCUACGUGUGCAAUAACCAAUCUCAUUAACCGGCAGUACCCGAAUAUCCGGGCAUCGUCUCCAUCCCAUCUUGCAGAGUGGGUUCAGCAGAUUGCUCACUAUCCACCAGAGCAGUGGCCGGAGCGCGUGGCACGGGGCAUCCCCAGCACCCUAAUACAUCACUUUUAUUUUCAGCCUAUCCGCCCCGUAGAUUUUAAGUUCAGGUUGCUAUUCAUGGAGCUUCCAGAAGAGGUGUUCGACGAAGCCUACUUGUACCUCCAGAACCUCCGGCAACAAAGCAUUCAAAACAUUCUUUCACGCUGUCCUGCAGAGAUAACAGCCCCUGUGCCAGUUUGCGAGGCAGAGCAUGCAGGCUAA